AUGGAGGAUCAAGCUGUUACAGCCACGAAGGCUAUCUUGCCGGAAUCCCAAGGGAGCUCUUCGCAGCAGAAUGACGGGGGAAAGGACGACGCGAAUCGCAAGAAGACAGGCACGAGGAAACGAACCAAAACUGGCUGUCUCACCUGUCGUAGGAGGCGGAUCAAAUGCGACGAAGGCAGGCCGAUUUGCCACAACUGCAUCAAAUCGAGACGAGAGUGCGAAGGAUAUAGCCAAAGGGUCAUAUUUAAGGAACCUCUUGGCUCUUUUUCGUCUCCAUUCAACCAGGCAAUAUUUCCAGGCCCACCAAACAUCGUUGACGAGUCUUUGCCUGCGCACCGACAGUCCUCAAGGGGACUAUUUCCUGCUAUUGCGCCGAGACCCCCGACCUUUGACCAGCGACACCAUGGUUUGCCUCUUCAAUCAAGUUCCGCGCCAUAUCACCAGCAUUACCAUCAUGAACCAUUGAUACAAGGCACUUCAGCCUACAAUAUGGGGCCCAGCCAGUUGCUACAGGCACCUUACAAUCCACAAUUUCCGAACCCCCUGCUUGCGGCAGAGGUCAACGGAGGACCUACUUACUAUGCCCAUGCUCCUUCCGACUCCCAGUUCUUCUCUAUACAAGACGGCUGCCCUACCGGAGAUAUGCUCGGCGAUUUCCAUCAUCUGACCGGCAAUCACGCUCUUACUGUUCACACUGGAGCCUCCAUCGAACAGCCCCUGAAUGAUCGGUGGGGACUGGACAUGCUGGACGAUGAAGCGUCCUUGCCCGAUUCUGAUGAUGAGUUACCGGACGUCAGAGGCAACUUGCUGCCAAUCAAGAGUAUGGUGCCAGAACGUUGGACCACAAGUGCUGUGGAUGCCAGCGUCUUUUCUGCCUUUGCCCAGAAUGACGAUGUUCUAGCACACAUGGAGACGCCAUAUUCUUCUGAAUUCUGGGCUAGUGGCCUAAACACGAUCUUCAUGCAUUUCAUCAACGUUACUGGCCCUGGCAUCUCAAUUUUCGAAGGAGACAUCUCUUGCGCUUCGGAAAGAGCCAGGAGAGGCACCGCAGCUGGAACUGGACAGAGCUUAUGGAGUUAUAACCCCCCGACGGCAGCUCUGAGGCAUUACCAUCGUGCUAUACGUCGUAUAGCCAAGAACGUGAAGUCACCAUCCAGGAGAACUCAACCGGCAACUCUUGCUGCUACUCUGCUGCUCGGGUAUUUUGAGGUCUGGUCUUCUGAUCACACUAAGUGGUGCAACCAUCUGUUUGGUGCCAGAAUCUUAUUCCGCGAGAUGUCUCUGGGAGAGAUGACUCGGUCUUGUUUUCCAGCAAAGCGCAGGCGGCAACGUCGGGAAGCUGGAGGCUAUCAACUGGGACAUGUAAGCUCCUAUUUCCACCACUCGCAUGCUCACGCCGCACCGGCCCAGAGCGGGCAGCGUUCUCUCGACUAUGGCUUUUUAAAUGCCAUUACGGGACUCGCCGUGUCUCCUGAAGCCUACGGUGAUGGAGAGGGCCAACCCUCCCACGAAAGACAAUUUUCGGUAAGCGAUAAAGAGAUUGAAAGAUACGACAUCAUCUGCGAUUUGUUCUGGUGGUACUGCAAAAUGGAUGUGUACCAGAGUAUCUUGGGGGGAACCAAGUUAUUCAUGGAAUAUGAGCAUUGGACGCAGAUCCCUCCAAGGGCUCCCUUUUCAACAUAUUCAUCAGCAUAUGGCACCUAUGACCAUUUGAUUCUCUUACUCGGCCGCCUCUCGGACUUUGUGUCGAAAGAUCUCUCCCGAAAGCAGAAAGUCAUAGAAGCUCAAGGAGGUGGUGCUGGAACCGGUUCACCCCCUAUGUUUCCAGGCAUGUUCCCGACGUUUGGGAAAGUGCAGGCCCCCAUGGGAUUUAGUCCUCCACGAGACGGCACGCCACACAGUGACUCGCAGGAUGACCUUGAUCCAGAGGCCAGCUACGAAGCUGCGUUACAGGAAUGGAAUGCCAUUUAUCACGCCUUUGAGAUCUUCAAGAGCCGCCUUGGGCCCGAAUUCCAGCCCCUCGGCGACGAGCUUGAUGGUCAGACGAGGACAAAGACACCUUUCGGAGACCCUAUCUACUUCCGAACAUAUUCCAUUGCAGGCAUCUGGAUGAACUAUUACAUGGGAUUUAUCCAUCUGUAUCGAAGCCACCCCUCGAUGCCGCCGGUUGCAAUGAGGGCAGCGGGCAUGACAGCAAAGAAGACGGCUGGUUUCGCGCUCAAGAUUGGGCAGAUUGCUUCGGGGCUGGCUGCCGACUGCUCAGAGUAUACCGAAAUCAACACGUAUCUCGGUGCUGCCCUCAUUGAAAGUUCUUUCUGCGUCUUUGUUGCAGGUGUCCAGUAUAAUGAUACUGCGCAGAGAGAAUGGGUCAUUCAGAGGAUGCAUGACGUUGCACGCCUCACUGGAUGGCAGUCGGCGAUGCAAAUUGCCUGUGGCUGUGAGUCGGCAUGGAUCAAGGCUAGCCAGAUGGGAGGACCGGAGUAUACACGACCAACAAUUAUCAACGACGUUCCGUCUACGAUAUGGAAAAAUCCUCGCCGAAUCGACAAGAAAAUCGACGAAUUAGACUCGAGCGAGGAACGGCGGUUAGUACUGGCCAAGGCUGAAAGAACACAUUACGCAAUCGGGAUACUAGCAAUCGAAACAGAACUCGCGAGGCUCGAACUACGAGACGAUUUAAACUAA